GAAAUUGAUGAAUUUGAUAAUUAUGGYGUGAAGGACAGAUUAAAGAUACCUUCCAGUGCAGUGGCGGAUUAACCUUCUCGGUGCCCAUAGGCACACUCUACCACCCCCCCUUUUUAAUACUUUCCAAAAAUCGUAAUUUGAAUAUGCUGACAUGAAUAGUGAUAUAGCCAUCUCGUGAGUGAGAAAUGGUUCAGAGGUACUAUGGUUGAAUAAUAAUUAAUUUACACUUUAUUUCAAAUAUUGUAUUACAUAAUAUAAAUCUUACAAGUUGCAAUCAAUAAUUUCGUAAAACGUAGAACAUUCAAACAUUUUCGCCAAUAAWUUUAUUUAUAUUUACUUGCGGAAUCACCAACAUCGAUCAGUUUAUAUUAAAUCGAUGUUAAUUUUGCCUUAUUCUUAUUUAGCGGCUGCAAAUUUCUCAUGCGUAUUGUGUAAUAAUGCAUUAUAACAAGAAACAAGUAGCCAUUAAUUUCAAGCCUAAUGGGUAAUCCACCACUGUUCCAAGGCACUUUUACAGUUAAAAAAAAAAAUGAGGAAAAAUGUUAAACAACAAUGUUAGGAGAUAUUAGAAGAGGAAAGAUAAAUAAUUUAGUGGAUAAUUUGAUAUGAUGGGAAUUGGGAAGUAAGGAGAGGACGGAUAAGGCAAAAACGAACAUUUAGGGCUAAGAGCUUGUUUUACGUAGAUGUGGAGCCCAGGURAUACGUUGAUUGAUGGUGAUGCCUAGUUAGUAAAUGCAUGGUACAACAUGUAAAAUGUGUUCAUUAAGGAUGAUAGGUGCGCAUUUUUGAUAUUAUUGAUCUUAAAACUGAAUUUUGUAACUUAGUUUAAAAGACUUAAGUUUUUUGUUUAAUAUUUUAAAAAGCUUAUAAAUGGUUAUACAUAUUAUAUUAGGUUUAUUUUGUAUAUUAUAUUUUGUCCCAUUUAGAUAUGGCCUAUGGGUUAUGGCUUGAAUACUUAUGUAUAUAAACGGAAGCAAAAAAAAUGUCCAAUAAAUAAUAAUGAUUUUGAUACAUUACCAGAAGAAAUAGUAUUAAAUAUAUUUAAAAUGAUGGAUAAGCGCACAUUAAUAAAAUGUUCACUUGUAUGCCAUCAAUGGCGACGUAUUGCAUAUGAUAAAUCUUUAUGGCAACAUUUAAACAUCCCUUCUCGUCGUAUGAGCAUUUCGACUUUGGAUAAUCUUCUUUCUCGUAAUAUCAAAUAUUUUUCUGCUUCUCAUUCAAAUUUCUAUGCUAUUACAAACCAGUGUUUAUAUAAAACACAAUUUCCUGAGUUAMAAUACUUAGAUUUAAGUUCUGUAUUUAUGCAUCACAAUAGUUUACGUUCAUUAUUAAGGCAAUGUUUUAAUCUGAUAAAAUUGAGUUUGGAAAAUUGUUCUGUAGAUUCUUUAUGCUGUCAGUACAUUGGACGCAACACCAAUUUAAAAGUACUUAAUUUAGCUUCAACUGUUGGUCUUGACCGCAAUGGUUUGGAACACAUAAUCUCGCUUCAAAAUUUGGAAGAAUUAAAUGUGUCUUGGGCUAAAAUGGAAGAUGACAAUUUACAUUAUCUAAUGGCCAAUAUGAUACCAACUAUAAAGCGCCUUAAUAUUAGUGGAUUUUUGAAACAGUUAGCAGACUUUGAUUUGUCAAGGUUGAGUAGCCGUUGUACGAAACUAAUUGAAUUGGAUAUUAGUGAUAGUCUUGCUAUUACUGCUAGUAGUUUGGACAAAAUCUUGGAAAAAAAUCAUGAAUUAAAAGUUUUAUCCAUGAAUCGUUGUUACAAUAUUGAUUCCCCUAGACUUCUAAAUCUAACAGAGAUUUCCAGAAGAAGAAGAAAUUCUACUAUGAGUUUGAUAGAGUUGAAUUUGAUUGGUUUACCGCCCAGGCGAAUAUUAGAAGGUGGUAAAAACCCAGAUUUGAAUUUGAAUUUAAAUAAAAGCGUGUUUUCUGGUAUUGGUCGUCCAAAGCUAGCUCAGAAUAAACACACCAUUUGGGAAAUUCCUGCUUUAAUAGACUGUURAUAUUAUAUCCUAGAUAUAACUAAUGUUCCCUUGCCAAUUUACUGUGAUUUAAGUAGACUAGAGCUCUAUGAAUUAUUAAAAUUAUAUAUUUUUUUUUUAUUUCAAUAAYUUUGAAAAAAUAACUUAUAUUUAUUUGUUUUU